GACACAGAAAACGAGCGAUCCUCUUCUCAUGGUGGUUCACAACAAGGCGGAGUCUCCAGACCGACCCACACACACUACCAGGAAGCGGACAGGGGACAGCCUACUAUCGGAGAGGUUUUAGAUUAGGUUUGACCUUGUAUAGAUUCAUUACUGUUCAGUACGUUUGGCCACCAUGACUUCGAUGGAUCUGGAGAAGCUGAAGAUGACGGGCGCAGGACGCGCCCUCGCGGUGCUGACGAGCGGCGGAGAUGCCCAAGGAAUGAAUGCUGCGGUACGUGCGGUGACCCGGAUGGGGAUAUAUGUCGGAGCACAGGUGUACCUAAUCCAUGAGGGUUACCAAGGCCUGGUGGAAGGAGGGGAAAACAUCAAACUGGCUCACUGGCACAGUGUCACCAACAUCAUCCAGCAGGGCGGGACCGUGAUCGGCAGCGCCCGCUGCAAGGCCUUCCCCACGCGGGACGGCCGGCUGGCGGCCGCCUUCAACCUGGUGAAGCGCGGAAUCACCAACCUGUGUGUUUGUGGCGGGGACGGCAGCCUCACCGGGGCCAACGUCUUCCGCAGCGAGUGGAGCGGCCUGCUGGCCGAGCUGGCCCAAAAGGGCCGGAUCACGGAGGCCACGGCGCAGCUCCACGACCACCUGAACAUUGUAGGUCUGGUGGGCUCCAUUGACAACGACUUCUGCGGCACGGAUAUGACCAUCGGCGCCGACUCCGCCCUGCACCGCAUCAUGGAGAUCGUGGACGCCAUCACCACCACCGCCCAGAGCCACCAGCGUACCUUCGUCCUGGAGGUGAUGGGACGACACUGUGGGUACCUGGCCCUGGUGUCUGCGCUGAUGUCCGGAGCUGAUUGGCUGUUCAUCCCCGAGGCCCCGCCCAAAGAGGGCUGGGAGGACCGCAUGUGCUCCCGUCUGGAGGGGAGUCGCAGCAGAGGUUCCAGGCUCAACAUCAUUAUCGUAGCAGAAGGAGCCAUCGAUGAUGAAGGCAAGGCCAUCAGCUCCAACUACAUCAAGGAUCUGGUGGUGGAUAGGCUGGGCUAUGACACCCGGGUGACUGUCCUGGGACACGUCCAGAGAGGAGGGAUCCCCUCCGCUUUUGACCGGAUUCUGAGCAGUAAGUUGGGCGUGGAGGCGGUGGUGGCGCUGAUGGAGGCGUCCCCCAACACCCCGGCGUGUGUCAUCGGCCUCUCGGGGAACCAGGCCGUCCGGCUACCCCUGAUGGAAUGUGUGGAGAUGACUAAGCUGGUGCAGACGGCCAUGCAGGAGAAGCGCUUUGAUGAAGCCAUCAAGCUGCGAGGAGGGAGCUUUGAAAACAACUGGAACGUCUACAAGCUACUGGCCUUCCAAAAGCCGGCGCUGAUCAAGAGCAACCACACCAUGGCCAUUCUGAACGUGGGGGCGCCUGCAGCAGGGAUGAACGCUGCCAUCAGGUCUGCCGUCAGAGUGGCCAUUGCUCAUGGGCACAAGGUUUACGCCGUCAGCGACGGCUUCCAAGGGCUGGCCACCGGAGCGGUGAGUGAGAUGACCUGGCACAGUGUGGCUGGGUGGACUGGCCAAGGGGGCUCCCUGCUGGGGACCAAACGAACACUUCCCAGUGCCUUCAUGGAGAAGAUUGUGGAAACCAUCAGCAAGUUUGGCAUUUCCGCUCUGCUGGUGAUCGGCGGGUUUGAGGCCUACGAGGGCGUGCUGCAACUGUUUGAGUCUCGGGGCCGCUUCGACGAGCUCUGCAUCCCCAUGUGUGUCAUCCCUGCUACCAUCAGCAACAACGUCCCCGGCACCGACUUCAGCCUGGGAGCGGACACCGCCGUCAACGCCGCCAUGGAGGGCUGUGACACCAUCAAGCAGUCUGCCAGCGGCACCAAGAGGCGUGUCUUUGUGGUGGAAACCAUGGGUGGGUAUUGUGGUUACCUGGCAACCUGCACCGGGUUCGCAGUGGGCGCCGACGCGGCCUACAUCUUUGAAGACCCCUUCACCAUAAAGGACCUGAAGACCAACGUGGAGCAUUUAAAAGAGAAGAUGAAGAAGGAUGUUCAGAGAGGUCUCAUACUGAGGAAUGAGAAGGCCAACCAGCACUACACCACAGAGUUCAUCCAUCAGCUGUACUCUGCGGAGGGCCAGGGCGUCUUCGAUAGCCGCAUCAAUGUGUUGGGACAUCUUCAGCAGGGAGGGGCACCCAGUCCUUUCGACCGCAAUUUCGCCACGAAGCUGGGAGUAAAGGCUGUUCAAUGGCUCUCGGACAGAAUGAAUGAGAACUACCGACAGGGCCGCGUGUUUGCCAACUCCCCAGAGACGGCGUGUGUGCUAGGACUCAACCGCAAGGUGGUAUCCUUCAGCCCUGUCACAGAGCUGAAAGAAGUGACAGACUUCAAGCACCGGAUGCCCAAGAACCAGUGGUGGUUCAACCUGCGCCCCAUGCUGAAGAUGUUGGCCAAGUACCAGACCAGCUUCACCCAGUACGUCCCGGGGGAGAUCGAACACGUGACGCGCCGAUCUCUAAGCAUCGACUCUGGGUUCUAGUGCUCUGCAGCCUCAAGUCUUCAUCUGUCUCUCCUGCCUUCUCAGUACUGCACUGCCCUGCUCCAGAGAUCAGCUGUCAAGGGUGGCUAUUGGUUUAAGUACUGCUCAGUGAUGUAGAGCAGAUGCUACAACAGUGCUAGAUUCACGUCCUAGCUCUGCUUUGAGGUGAUUCAUGCACUUAAGUAGUGAAAACAUUUCUGCCAACUAAUUUAUUCUGAUGUUGUAUGUUGUUUUGUUUGUUUGAUCACAUGAUAGUAUAGGAAAAACAAAUCGACUUCAUCACAUAAAGUUACAACUGAGGAAUACUGGACAGGCCGUCAGUGGAACUAGUGUGUAAUGUCAUGAUGCCAUUUGAAUCUAACUGGAAACGGACCGAUUGUAAUCAUGUGAUCGGCAGGUCAUUAGUUAGAGGAAGGGUUGAUUUAAAGGGAAUGAUAGGACGGAUCAAAAUACCACUGUAUCCUUUUCAACUAUUUAAAUCUCACACCGCUUUUCAUUAAUUUCAUGUAAUUUCUGUUGACUGAAACAUUAAGCACAUGCACGCCAUUACUUUAUCAAUAUCUAAAUCGACAUGAAUGUAUGUCUGCAAAAUCUAUUUGUGAAAUGGAUUACAUAAAAAAAAAAUUCAACAAAACAUUUGCAUAUAUGUUUAAUUGUUUAUCUUAAGACUUGAACACAACACUAAAUUAUAAGAAUAUAGAACUUACAAACAUAAAUAAACAUUAAGAGUUAAACAAU